UUUUUUUAUUUUUUAUAAUUUUUUGUCAAGAAUUAUAAUGUCAAAAGAAGAUUCUUCAGUUCAAAAUGAUGAGAAACCAUUUCGUGCAAAUAAUCUCAGCCUUGUUGUUGGCGAUUCGGAGUCGAGCUCUUCUGAAGAAACGCAGGAUAUGCGGUCCAGGUUCGUUUUAUGAGGGAUUAUUUUUUAUUUAACAAUUAGGAUGCAAAGUUUUGCGAUUAACAUGGGUGAUGAAGGAAUGCCGGAUUCAACAAUUUUUGUAGAAGAUUGUGAAGUUAUUGCACCCUCUACAUCUUUACUUACCGAUCAAAAUGAUCUACAGCGUCAAACUGAAUUUAUAAAUGUUGACAACUUUGUGAGAGAUAUUUUUGCAAAUGAUACCAAAUUUUUACAAUCAGCGGCAACAGAAUCGAAUGAAGCAAAUAUUAUUGAUGAAAUCUUCACAGAAAAACCGCCUAAAAUCCUUAAAGAUUAUCUUUUUGGCAAUGUAAUUGGAGAAGGCUCUUAUAGCAAAGUUAAAGAAGUUCUGCAUGUUAAUUCGUUGAUUAGGAGAGCUAUUAAAAUAAUUAAAGAUAAAAGGCUUAGAAAAAUUCCUGGAGGUGAACAAAACGUUCAAAGGGAGAUUGAUGUUCUUCGACGGCUUAAUCACUCGAAUGUAGUUAAAGUUGUUGAUAUAUUUCGAAUAGAAGAAAAACAAAAACUUUAUAUUGUUAUGGAGUAUUGUGUCUGUAGUUUACAACAAUUAUUGGAUAAUUGCGCUGAAAAAAUGCUCCCAGAAUUUCAAGCACAUUUAUACUUUACUCAACUUCUUGACGGGUUAGACUUUCUACAUGGGAAGCGAAUUAUUCACAAAGAUAUAAAGCCAGGAAAUUUGUUGCUAAGUUUAGAUGGUGUACUGAAAAUUUGUGAUCUAGGUGUUGCUGAAUUGUUACCACCUAGCUCCGUUGGAAGCGCUGAUGAUUGGUGUACAUUGAUUCAAGGAACUCCAAAGUUUCAACCGCCAGAAAUUGUUUCUGGUGCACAAGGAAAAUUCAGAGGGUCUUUAGUGGAUAUUUGGGCUUGUGGAGUGACGCUUUAUAAUAUGGUCAGUGGAGAAUAUCCAUUUGAAGGUGAUGUUAUUAUGAAAUUGUUUGAAAACAUUAUCAACCAUCCAUUGCAUAUGCCUUCAAAUGUACAAUUAUCGGCUGAUUUGGAACAAUUGCUUCAUGGAAUGUUACGAAAAGAGCCAGAAAUGCGUUGGAAUUCUUUGCGGAUAAGAGCCAGUAAAUGGUUUUUGCAUAGUCACAAAAUUGAUGAUACGCGGAUUGUUCAUGUCCCAGCAGUAAAGGAUGUGCCGGCUCAUCGUCCCCUUGGAGUUUUCCCUUAUUUGGAACAACUUUAUUCUAAUUCAGAUUAUUAUGAAGAAACAAGCGAAUUAAAAGAUGAUUUAGAUUUAAAUGGACAUAUUGAGCAGAAUUGUGAAGGAAUUGGACAAUGUACAAUACAAAGCAUCUUCCCUAUAAAUUCAGAUUUGCCCGUCGCGGAUUUAUCGCUUAAACAAAAUGAGAUCUCUCCUUUAUCGAACACUAAAUUAGAUUCGCCGAACAUUCAAUGGAGGGUGGCAAGUGACCAACAAUUCAAAAAGAAUGGGAAUGAAGAGCGUGAACCAUUUAUAAAUUCCGCAAUUAUGUCAAAUGAAGAAAAGGAAAAGAAGAAAAAUGUAAAAAUUCAAUUUUACGACGAUAAUGAGGGUGUGGGUUGUAGUAACAAUGUCGUUAAUCAAUGUAACAAUGAAAAUGCUGAUUGGGAUAAACAUCGAAAAAUUGUAAUUACUAAUAAAGACAAUGGUCAAAAUCGAAGAGAAGGUGGGGAAAAUGAAGCAAUAAUCAAUGAAAAUGAAAGAGAUGAUGAACAAAAUUUUGCAGAAGCUAGGAGACGGCAGCAACGAGUUAAUAUUGCACGACUUCGGCAAGUACUAUUUAUUGCACUUUGCGUAUUGAUAGUUUUUUCUGUUAUUGUUUUACUUAUAUUAAUGCUCUGA